UGCUGUACCAGAACUCCAGGCCUGGCACAGUUCAAGGGCCCAUGGGGAACUGUGCCAAGCGGCCCCGGAGCCGGGGGCCCAAGGUAGGAGGCCAAAGGGGGAGCAGUCAAGGACCAGAGAUUGGGUGGGCAGAGUCCGCUAGGGCUGGGCUGGAGAUGGAGGUAGGCAUGGCCUCUGGACGGAGGGGUUGGUUGCUCAUUGACCUCAAAGGAGAGUUUUUUCCGGGACACCUCAGACUCAGACCCAGCCUGGUCCUGGCUCACACAGUAGGCUGAUCUUCUGUGCUCAGCUGACCAGGCCCUCGCUGUCCAUCCCUCCAGGCCCUACUCCCUGUUUCCCAGCCUUGGCUGGGGCAGCGCAGAACUGAAAGCCAGGUCUCACUCAACCCCUGGCUUCCUCAGUGGCCCUGGCCAAGUCUCUCAACCUUUCUGUGCCUCAGUUUGCAAAACUGAGCAGCUAGGGGAUAAACCCUACCAGUCUACAGUAUUAAUGGGUGAGGGUCCUGUACCCCAGGCCCCUUCCUCAUGGCCCUGUGCUGGGUUCUAAAGAGCAGAAUGGCUGGCGGGGGGGGGCGGCAAAGAGAGGGCUUCAGACCAUUCCCCAGCUCAUGGCCGGCUCUGCUGCAGGAUCCCUGGCAGUGGCCUGGCUCCCCCAGAGGGGGCUCCUGUUGUAGCGCCAGUCCCCGCCCCGAGGAGCAGGGGGGCAUCCAGGGCUUCUCGGUGCUUGGCAGCCUGGUGGGGCCGGCCUGCAUCUUCCUUCGGCCCAGCAUCGCUGCUACCCAGCUCGAUCGGGACCUGCGGCCCGAGGAGAUUGAAGAGCUGCAGGUCGCCUUCCAGGAGUUUGACCGAGACCGGGACGGCUACAUCGGCUACCAGGAGCUGGGUGCCUGCAUGCGGACGCUGGGCUACAUGCCCACUGAGAUGGAGCUCAUCGAGAUCUCACAGCAAAUCAGUGGCGGGAAGGUGGACUUUGAAGACUUCGUGGAGCUGAUGGGCCCCAAGCUGCUAGCGGAGACAGCAGACAUGAUUGGUGUCAGGGAGCUUCGGGAUGCCUUCCGGGAGUUUGACACCAACAGGGAUGGCUGCAUCAGUGAGGGAGAGCUUCGGGCAGCCCUCAAGGUCCUGCUGGGGGAGCGUCUCAGCCAGCGGGAGGUGGACGAGAUCCUGCAGGACAUCGAUCUCAAUGGAGAUGGCCUGGUUGACUUCGAAGAAUUUGUGCGAAUGAUGUCUCGCUGAAACUGUAUAGAAGCUGGAGGCAGCGGACAGGACAGGCAAACCACAGCCUCUUAAAACUAAGUGUGUUCCCUAAAGCCCAUCCUGUACAUCCGGAAUCCUCCUCCAUCCCUGCCUGCCUCAACCCUUACCCUAUCUCUGUUUCUGUGACAAUAAAGUAUCAUCAAGCCUG